AAGCAGCAGCAGCAGCAGCAGCACCAUGUGCGCACUGCUACUUUGCACCUUUUUUUUUUCAUACGCAACUGUUUACAUCCUGGAUGUCUAUUCUUACAUAAGUCCAACCGAAAAAAUGCGGUUUUCUUUCAGGCUGCAGCAGCAGCAGCAGCAGCAGAAGUAGCAGCAGCAGAUCUGGAAGCUUUACGAGCCGAGUCUGCGCUCAGACGCGUGGAGGUGCAUGGAGGUGAACAAAAAAAAAGAAAGAGAGAGAGAGAGAGGGAUGAGGACAUGAGGUUAUUUUUCUUUCUUUUUCUAUAGGUGACGGGAGGGAGGAGGAGGGGGGCUUGAUUUGGGAUGCCACAGGCUUGGGAACCUGAGACGGAAUGGUACAACGGGAGGGCGGCUCGUUUUGUCUCGGCGAGGAGGAGAGAGAAACCAGACUGGGUGGAGCAACACAUCGCCCGCCCCAUCUACCCGUGCAGACGGCCUUGUGUCCCGUUUGCCUGGAAGCUCGGAGAGAGACUACUGUACUGAAAGUCUGGCUUUGGAUAGAGAGAGAGAGCGAGAGAGAGAGAGGGGGGCCGGUCUAUGGGAGGGACUAUAGCGCAAAGGGGGGAAUUGGAAGGAGGGAGGGGGCGAGGAGGAGGAGGCGGCACGGGUGCUGUUUCUCCAGUCUCUUUCCCCUGUCUUUGUCUCAUACACUCUUUUGUUAGCCAUGCCUAGCCUGCUGGUUCUAGCAGGGAUCAUGGAGAAAAAUGGGGGCUACGGCGGGGAUCUGGCCGGCUCCGGCUUCGGAAGCGAAGGUCUCCUUGUGCCGCCCGAUGAGGAGGAAGACGACUCCCGUGCCCUCAGGGUCGCGCUGGGCCAGUUGUCUCUGUUGGGGCUCGGGGAAGGCGAGGACGGCGGCGGAGCCCCAACAACAGGAGUACAGGACCGGAGUAACAAUAACAACAACCACCACAACCACACGAACAGCGUCGGAGGAGGUGGAGGGGACACGGCGAUCCUGCAAGGGAAAAGCAAGUUGUGCGCCCUGUACGAGAGCUCCUCAAGUGAGACGAAAGGACGAGGCUGCAACAUAACAGAAUGCGUCCCGGUGCCCAGCUCGGAACAUGUGGCCGAAAUAGUGGGGAGACAAGGUUGCAAGAUCAAAGCCCUGCGGGCCAAGACCAACACCUACAUCAAAACCCCCGUUAGAGGAGAGGAGCCCGUGUUCUUAAUCACUGGCCGGAAGGAGGAUGUUGCACUGGCCCGCCGUGAAAUCAUCUCCGCUGCAGAGCACUUCUCCAUGCUCCGGGCGUCCCGCAACAAGCUGGGGGUGUCCUUUAGCGGCUCCCCGCCCACACCUUUGCCAGGUCAGACCACCAUUCAGGUGAGAGUGCCAUACCGUGUCGUGGGGCUUGUAGUGGGGCCUAAAGGAUCCACCAUCAAACGCAUCCAGCAGCAAACCUGCACUUACAUCGUCACCCCGAGUCGAGACCGCGACCCCGUCUUCGAAAUCACGGGGUCACCCAGCAAUGCCGAGCGGGCCCGCGAGGAGAUUGAAGCACACAUUGCCUUCCGAACAGGAGGCCUGCAUGACCACAAUAAUGAGAAUGACUGUCUGGGGCCGAAUGGUGGAAGCAGCCCAGCGGGCAGCAGCGGUGGUCUGGAGAGCCGGCUACAGCAGGUGUGGGGGCUGCAGGGGGGCCAGCGCAAGCCUCUCACCAGCAGCUACCGCCAGAACUUCUCAGAUGCCAUGGUUGGAGGGGGAGGAGGAGGAGGAGGAGGUGAGGGAGGGGGAAUCUACAACAAGGGCAACUUCUCCAGUUCUGGAGAGAAGCCUUGCUCUUAUUUUGGAUCAGAGGGUACCCAGAGCUGGGGCGACCCUGACUACCCCAAACAGGUGGCCUUCUACGCCCAACAGCGAUCCAAGAGCUUCGGAGGCCUCCCACUCCCCCUGACCAGACUCUCCCCUGGUUUACCCGAGCCCUGCGGAGGUGGAAGCACCAACAACUCUUCAGUCACCAGCAUUGUGCCCGUAUCCGGCUCGCCUCAUGCCCAGGCCCGCCGCGCCCACAGCGAGCCCACCUCAGCCGGCGAGGGUUUCCCAGGCCGUCUGCCAGUGCCGGACUCGCCACCGGCCACUGUGCGGGACUGCAUGACCUGCUUUGAAAGCAAAGUGACGGCUGCCUUGGUGCCCUGUGGCCAUAACCUCUUCUGCAUGGAGUGUGCCAUCCGAAUCUGUGAGCUCAACCACCCGGAGUGCCCAGUGUGCCACACCCAGGUCACACAGGCCAUCCGAAUAUUCUCUUAAGGAACCACAUCAGUUUUUAUCAUUAGUUUUGUCAGUGUUUGUUGAAUAAUUAUUUACUGUUAUUAUGAUUAUUAUUAUAAUACACAUUUUUGUUUUUCAGAAAAUUUAAAAACAAUCAAGCAGAUAUUUUAGAAGGCACUGCUUGCUUUACUAAAAAGUAUAAGAAAUAUUUUUAAGUUUUUCUUUUAUAUAUAUAAUGCAUAUAUAUUUUAUAAAAGUUUUGUUUAUAAGAGAAGUAUAGUACCUUGCAUUUUCAGUUUUUUUUUGACUGCUGCUGUUUUUCAUUCAUGAAUCACAGUGUAGGCAGAGGUAGACAGUAAUGUGAACAUUUUAUUAUUCAAAUUUUUUAUUUUACCAUGAAGUGGGUUUAUAUGGAAGGAAGAAGAUGAUUGUUGAGGUACCCAAUCUGCACCCGACUGACCUAGAAAGUCAUUGUUGUUCUUAGAAGGAGAAAAAGAACAAAACACAGAGAAUUUUCAUUGCACCUUACAAUCAUCUUGGUCUAAAAUAGGAUUUUCAAUCAUGAAAGGGAGAAGGUGAAUUCAGCCUUUUUUUAGUUUUACUGUGAUUUUGAUAUAAUUGGUCCAAAAUAGUUAUUAAUUUUUCACAAACUGAAAAAUGUGAACAGAUUGGUUCCUGUCAAAGCUUUUUGUAACAUACAAGUAAACAAACAGACGCCCCCCCCUUGUUUUCAUUCUUAUACUUCUUUAAAGUCUUACAGAUCAGAUUAAUCCGAAAGAAGGGAUCAUUUAUCCUGAGGAAUUGGUUAAGUUUUUAUCAGGUAUCAUUCAGAGUUUAGAGGAAAGUCAAAUCAGUUAAAUUUCCAGUAGCCAUUGAUUACACUUUGGUCACUGCAGUUUGUUGAAAAGAUUCAGUGAUGCUCGCUCCUCGUGGCACUUGAAAAGCAUGUGGUUCCUCGGUUGGCUUAAAGCACUGAUUUAAUUUGUGAGGCCGAAAGCCUUGGAAUUCAUCCAGUUGGCUGGUUCUCGAUAUCUGUCUCCCCCAAUGGACUUGUUUCAAAGCCACCUUAACCGCGCUUUAUUGUCUUGUGUGGUCAUUUGGCCACAGUCGCUACAGAACGAUAUAUAGGACACAGCGAGAGCCCCCCAGUCAACAAGCAUUUCUCUGAGGUGUGCACUGUAAGUAACGAGCAGAAUUAGUAUGUGGACAGAAGCCGAGUAAAACUGUAAAAAAAAAAAAACGUCUCCUGAAUCAGCAGCAGCAGCAGACUCAGAUUAAAAUAGUUGACACUGUAAAAUACAGAGUCCCAAAUCAGUAAUCCUUACUCCACGUCCCCGAUUCUCCCAGCAUUAUGUGUGAGCUCUGAGGGGCCAGCUGUCUCCCCUGUAAUUAGCAAAGCUGUACAGGAGCAGGUGUUUCAUGGCACACUGUGGCUGUGACCCCAAGUUGGAGGUCUCGCCUAGCCCCCUUUCUUUCUCUCUUUUCUUUUGGCUUUUUAUGUCUCCCCCUGCUUACAGUUCGACCGUUUGCUUUCGAAGGCCUCUCUGAGUGGGGCGUAUUGUCUGGGCCCCGGUAGUGGCGUGGGCUGCAGAGUGCUCGGACACGGCCUGGAUCUACUCAUUGAUAAUUAGGCAAAUGGGUUGGUCCAGGUGCGGACCGUGUGGGGACUCUGGAUCUGUGUGAAGAGUAGGACAGGGUCCCGCAGCGAACCCCCUUACUGCCCCACCCCACUGUUACAGGCACAGAGGGGGCUGCUGGAUGGUCUGGAUGCAGCUGGGCGAAUAGGACCCCCUCCUUCCACUCCCUCUUGCCCCGUCCCCCUCCUUUUUUUUCCCUCCUCUCCUUUUCUGCUGCUCUGAGCUAUCCCUACUGGGGAGAAGGGGGCCUCUUUUGUCCCAAAACACACACACACGCACACAAAAUUUGAAAGACACUAGCUGAAUUUGGCAGCGCCUGUGAAACGGAGGGGAGGCUUUAGGGAGCGAAAUAAAUUAUCUACAGUCAUCGGGAGAUUCCCCCCCCACAGUCACCUGUUUUCAACGUUAACGUCACACGUCAGGAUGCAACAUGCACAUCACGCUCACCUGUAAACGGAAAGAUUGCGUGAUGUACUCGCACAGGAGGGGGUGCAGCAUUAACUCCCCACCCCCUGCCCCCUGAAAUUCGCAAAAAGGGGUCCCUGUUUUUUUUUUUGUGACAGCGCCGGUGCAGAUCGUGUCAGCUCACUACUGUAUGGGACAUCCUGCAGCUGCCCCUUCACUAUGGACACCCGGGCGUCAGAUCCCCCCCACCCCCAUCAAUUCCCCCUCUCCUGCUUUGAGCUUCCAGAAUGAAAUCAGACAAUUGUAAUUGACAGGAAAGCAGAGGAAACGCCCCAUUUAACCAGCACUCAUGCUGAAUCAAAUUACACACCCUCCGCGUCUGCCUUAGCCCCAGCCUGGGGAUUUCAGAGGGCUAAAGGAGAGCGGAUGGGGGUAGGGAUUAAAGCUGUUGAAUGAUGGAAAGGAGUGGAGGUGGAGGGUGGUGGUGGUGGUGGUGGUGGGGGCAUUGUGGCUGAAGAAAGAGAGAGAGAAAUCCAAAUUUUAAAAAAAGAAAGAAAACAUUUUUAAAAAAUCAACCUUGCAGCAAUUUUAUUGAUCAUUCAAGUCUUGCAAGUGCGAGUUUUGUGUUGUUGUUGUUGUCACAUGUGGGCCAGUAGUGUUGACAGGGAACAGCGGUGAUUCAGCAGCAGGCCUCUCUUGUGUUGUGUGCUGGAGAACAGUUCAACUCGGCUUCUGUCUCCAUUUUAAAAAAAAUAAAAAAUAAAAAUUGACAAAUUGUGUCUUCUAUGACAUGAGGGCCCUUCCUUUUUUUUAUUAUUUUUAUUAUUUUUUACAAAACAGAAAUACACAAACACACAAAGCGGACCACUCGCAUUAGACGUGGACCGCUCUGGGAAAGCACUGUAUUUUACAAAAAAAGUACCUUGAAAAUCUAUGAAUAAGUAGAAAGGAAGAAUAGUUAUGAUUUUUUUUUUAAUGGAUGGAGACAUUGCACAGUGGUUUGGCUUAAGCUUUCAGCGUCAAAAUUCAAGGCAGUACGACACUGUCCUCUGAACUUUUUUAGUAUUUUCUUAGUUCUUUUGUUUUCUGCCUUAACAUUUUUUAUUACGAAUACCGCCAUUAUUUUUUAGGCGUACAAGGUAGCAACUUUUUGAUAGUACCGCCCCCAAACGUAAAAAACUACUUUUAAAGUACUUAUUUUUGAAGAAAAGAAUGUGAAUCAAACUGCUUGGGUGGGGGAUUAGAGGGGAUUCAGGAAAUUAGGCUCUUUCAAACACUUUAAAACAUAAAGUAGAGCACCUUAUUACAAAACAUGCGCAUUUGAUUAAUACCAAACCGACCGCUGAUGGUGAAAUACAUUUCAUAGGAUUUGAAUGACAUGCACAUAAGGAUUCCCUAUCAUUUUUUUGUAUUAUGGUGGUUCUUGUUCUUCUUAAUACUACAGUAGUACUAGUGGUAAUGUGGGAGAGACCUCUCAUCCGUUUAGUCAAUGCUGAUGACUUGGUUGGAGUUUUGCACUGGUUUAAUGAAGAGAGGGCUUCUUGGAGAUUCUCCCUGUUUAGAUGCUGUAUAAGUUAAUGAGUAUUGUACUUUAUGGGAAAGCACUCCGAGCAUCUAUGUAAAUACAGUAUGUGUAUCGGUUAAGAAACAUCCAGACAAAGGCCCGCUUAAAGUGAGGUUUUGAUUAUUUUUACAAGCUGAAGGUGUCAUUGUCAAUGUUUUAGCAUAUGGAAUUCAAAAUGAGUUUUAGGGAGAGUAAAUCUUUUAUAUAUGCGCCCCAUCAUCCUUUUGACUAUAAUAGUAUAUUAGAUAGAUCCAUACAUUUAAGAAAUAUUAUUUAAACUGAUUAACUUAGUAUUUCAUCCAAAUAUAUACAUAAAAAAUUAACCAGACACUACUAUAAACUGUAAUAAUGAAUAUCCUUUAUGAAGCCGCUGAUGUAUAAAUCCAAUCUCGAAUAAAAACUCAAAUGAAUAGUAUGUGUAAUAACCUAACCCCUGAUGAAUGAAUCAGUUUCUAUGUAUAUUAGGAUGAAAAGCAAUAAUAGGACUAUACUGGGACAAUAAACAGAGCAGUCUGCUUAGUCAGUUCUUUAAAUAAUAUUCUAUUCAGACAUUGACCUUGAUUAUAAGGAUAAUACCGCUGCAUUUCUGUCUCAUAUCUGCUUAAAAUUCAUUAUGGAUUCACGCCAGUGUAGAAACAGAGAUAUAAUUAGUUAGUAACAGUUUCAGGAUAAGUAAUUGUUCUUGUUGUGUUCAUCAGGGUCUUAGUCGUUUGAUUGCUUAAUUUCUUUUCUUUCUUUUUUUUUUUUUUGGUUGAAUAUCAAUCAGAUCACAGGGUGGGUCAAGACAAACUUAAGGAUUCCUUCGCCUGAGUUGCACUGACGUUAUGAAACUGCGAUUUCUGUGACUUUUCGAGGAGAUCUCUCGUUGCGCUGUAAGAGGGUAAACAGACAACAGGAGUAGAGCGUAAAGCCCACGAGGUCUGUCCUGUUUGUUAAAAAGCAGGAGCAGGCGACUUUACUUAUGACAGACUGACGUCUUGAAGGCUUUGCUCAAAGACACGGAGGAGGAGUUGAGGGUGGGACAACAGAAUAUGAUGUCCUGUGCCAGUCACUCUCUCGCUGCGGUCAUGUUGUCCAUGUGAGGAACUUUACACUCGUUAAUCUUUGUUAAAUGACACACAGGGGCACACGUGUUACUUAUAGCAUAUCUUAAGAUGAUUUCUGUUUACAUAGUAAUAAGACGUUUCUGAUUUCAUGGCUCUAUUUGAUACUUGCACCUACUUUUUUUUCCAUCUUUAUUGAUUUUUUUUGUUUGUUUUUUUUUUAAAAAAAGAAAAAGGUCAAACAUAGCCAAAGAACAAAACACAAGGAGAGGACACGAGCUAACUUAUCACUUAACUUAUUUUAGCAUCAAAAUCUGCUUGGUUUAGAGUUUAUCGAAUCAGGAUUAUUAAAGAAAUAAUCUCAUAGCUAGAAUUACUCUGUUUACCCAAAAGUCUUAGAGGCCACUGGAUCGAUAUCUGUGAAAUGAAGGCAUAUCAUGUUUCAGUGUUGUAAGAUUAGUUUAAUACUACAGAGGUGCCGGUAACAGACUUACUUCUCCCCAAAGAGAUCAGCUUAAAGCACAUCCUGGCACUUACACAGUCCUUCGAGUAGUUUUCUAUUGUCCUGGUUAGAUUGUUGGGAGGAAAAAAAAAAGAAAACAGUCCAGGGAACGUCUUAAUCUUCCUGAAAAACUUGAUGUUGAGAAGUUGAGAUAAAAAAAAGGGACUGCCCAAGUGAUUAAAAAACGAUUAGACUGAGAAGGAAUCGUGUCGACGAUGACAAAGUCAGCGGAAAAAAUUCAGGCUGAAUUCCUAAGUUUUAUGAGACCCCUCAGAGUAAAGCAUAAGGGAUUUAGAUGUGAACAAGGUGACAGUGUGACAGUAAACAAGACAAGCACUGUGGUUUUAGUUGAUAUCUUUUAGAGCCAUUAACUGUAUCCUUAAGUUUAACUGCAUGUUAGUAAAAAAAUAUAGUACAGUAGGUAAGAUUUAUCAGAAAAAAAAAGUUAAGAUUGCAUAAAGACUUCAUCAGCCUGAUACCUAAAGUGUAUAAAAAGCUUUAAGACCUUUAAAGUGAACAUCGGUUUAAAAAUCAUAUAUUUACCGUGUAGUUUAACUAAUUGAUACAUAAAGUUUAAUUAUGAUUCUUAAGAAUAUGCUAAGGUGUAAGUUUCAUUUGUCCAACUCACCCAGUCUGAAAUACUUUUGAAUUCAGUGGUGCAACAAAGGGGUGGGGUGACUCACAGUGACAUUUGAUUCAUUAAGUUCUUGUUAGUAUUAUUUACAAUAUUGUAUUAAGCUUACUAUUAUAGUAAUGGUAGAAACUGUUGAUGUUUUUCUUCUCUUGAUAUGAAAAGGUCUUUAUGCAUUUAUGUAGAAUCCCUUUUAAGGAGUGAUAGGAAAUCCUUAUUUUCAAUGGAUGCACUUAAGCAAUUGUACCAACCUGUCUAAAAUCAUCAACAUUGAGCAAGUAAUGCAUUUGAAUGUAAAAAAAAAAAAAAAAAAAAAAAAAAAAAAAAAAAAAAAGACCACUCAACUCGAUGCACUCCUUAUGCUUAUUGUUUUGUCAAUUUACAAGUGAGCUUUAAGUUUUUUGUUUGUUUUUUUGGGGAAAAAAAGGAUUUUUCGACAGGUUUUUUCGACGUAGACUAUAUUUGAGUUCUUCCACAUACAUUUAUAGAAAGUAACUUAAAAUGAAUAAAAAAAAAAACAUAUUACAAUUUCUCAAAUCUAUUUUGCUAACAUGGGUUAUUAUUUCAUAGAAAGCAGAGGAAAAAAAAAGAAGUCAGUAUCUGGAUGUUAUUUAUGAAAAGUUAAAAAAAAAAAUGAAGCAACAUAUUUAUGAGUAACCUCAAGACAUUUUGUUUUUUAAUUAAAAUUACAAGAAGUUAAUAUAUUUCUAAACACAGGGAAGUCAGUUUCUACUAAUAGGUAAAAAAAAAAAAAAGAAGUUUAGAAGUUUUAUUUAUGAAAGUUAUGGACCGCUCGUCUUUUCCAUGUGCCUCAUGCUAAAUGAAGUAAAUGGAACGAGAGUUCCCCCAUAGCUUAAAUUUUAACUUCAGACAUGCACUCCUUCAACACCAGUGCAUUCACAAUGGAAUAAUUACAGAAAAUAAUAUAAUAUUUUUUAGAAUUUGGAGAUAUUUUAGUCACAGAGCAUCAAUUUUGUGCCUCAAUUAUAUAUUUUUCCUGCAUCAGCAUUCUUUGUGCAGUGCUGCUUGCUGUAACCCCCCUUUUCCCCCCCUUCAACUAACCCCAUGUUACUGACUGAAACACAUAACUCAUUUCCUCUGUAAUCUAAACUCGCUUUUACUUAUAUAAAAAAACAAAAACAACAACGUAUAAAACAUGUUACGACUGCAACGCUUUGGAAUGAAUGAGGCAGCUGUGGCACCCUCUCGCCAAUAGGGCCCCACACAUAACUUGUACACACUUUUCAUUCAUACAUUUUCUACAUCUACUACUCAAGACAGUUUGUGAUCACUAGCGACAGAGCAUAAUCAGCUUAAAGGAAGCCUUUAUGAGAGACUCUCCCUAAUGUAUUAAUUAGGUGAAGUGUGCAAAAGAAAAAAAAGAAGAAAAGAAUAAAAAAAAUAAAAAAAUCGAGCGGAGGCAUCUAGGAGAGGACAACAGCGCACUGUGUAGUAGAUCUAUGUAACUAGAUGCACACAUAUACACACAACAGAUUCAUUACCGUACUAGUUUGCAUGUAUGUUGUAUGGUCACUUAGACAGGAGAAAGGGCGCAGGUUUCCCCGUGUUAUCCGUUAACGCCGGCGCACUUGGGCUGUUUCUCCUCUGUAGAUUUUCAUAGUUGGGAGUCUCUUUGGAAACUUGAAAAGUUGACAUGAGUUUGCAGCCAGGCAAAGAGACCAUUUCAGUCCCCCCCCCGCCCGCUCCGCCCGCCCCCCCUUCCUCCUCCCACAUCAAAGUCUGAUUUUAUAUUCUCAGUUACCUUGUUAGCGAUGAAAGACUGUUUGCACCUCAUAUGAAUUAACUUGAAGUUUGCGUAAGCGUCGAUACGGAUAAUGAACAAAACAAAAAACUUGACAAAAACACUACAAUGGCACAUUUUUUUCUGCUGCAUGUAAAAAAAAAGGAAUAGGGACUGAAGUGGCGCUCGCUGGUGAAACUCGCAACCUUUUUCCAAAGAGGCCAAAAACAGUCUGACAGUUUGUCUUUGGUAGCGUUUCCAAUUUUUCCAGCACAGUAGAGGUGUUUCAUACCGGUCUAAUAGUGGUCGUAGUGCAUUAGUUUUUGGGCCAGCAUCACCUGGCAUUAGUUUCUGGUUUCUCUGUGAACAGUGAAAGAGGGUUACCAAUGUGGCUCUCUGUGGCUGACCGUCAACUUUGAUGGAAUGGAAAAUAAAAAAAAUAAGAAAAGAGAAAAAAAAAAAGAAGUCUUUGAACUCUGUUACAGUAUGCCAUGCCCUUACAAGGCAUGUGAUAUUGCAGGUUUAUUUGUUAUAGCACAUGUUUUUUUGUGAAUUACAUUUUUUGGAGACAUUUUUAUUAUUAUUAUUGUAUCUGCGCCAUGUUAGUUCUGGUUCUUUGUUAUUUUUCCAAGAUUCAAGAUGUAUUGUAAAUGUUUCUAAUAAAACAAAAAUGAAAUGAUCUCCAAUUGAAACCGAUUGUCUUUUUUUAAUUCAAAAAGGGGGGGAGUAACUGUCGCUGAAUUGAUCCUUUGAUGAUUGAGAAUUGAAUAUAUCUUCAUAUUCUGAUCAGCUUUCUACCAGAUUCACCAACAAAGAACGACUUUAGACAUCUUAAAAGAGACAUGAGAACAGCCAGGCUAUAACAAAUGAGAUUUAUUUAUACAUAUGCAGUCCAAAUAUACAUAUAUUAGAAUAAAUGUUAAAAAGCCCUAACCUACACCACCCAGUUUAAGACCUGUGAAGUCAACAGCCAGUGUUGAUGUGGAAACACAUCGGCAGGAUAAACACCAUCUGUGUGCAUAACCUUUGGAUUUAAUUAAGCCCCUCCCAACACUACCAUCGUUUCUCCUUUUCCUCAUUUAUUAAAACUAUUAGAUACUAACAAACCCAAUCCUGGCUCCUGAAUGCAACCCCCGCCCCCCUCCACAGGAAAUAAAGACAAGUGAGAGCGAGGGCAGACCUCAGGGAGAUCCCAGAAGGCAGAGUCCUGUUCCAGUUACAUACAGUGUAGAGAGAGAGACAGAGAAAGGAGUAGGUGAGCAGGCAGUGGAGGAUUUCACUUACAGUAAAACAAGCCAUCUCGGGUACAUCAGAGACCACAGGAGCAGGGCAGGGCUGAGUGCCCUCACUACCUCAUCCCCUGAAACAUUAUCCAUCUAUCUAUCCCAGCUAGCAGGCAGCAGCAGCAGCAGCAGCACAGGGUUGUCCAUGCAUUUAAACCAAUUCCCCAACCUCUCCCACUCCACACCAAAGGUUCAAGGCAGGGGUGAAACAGUCAUCAGCAGAGCCAAUACUUUAUAUCUCACCGCCAUGUUAACCCCGGUCACCAGUGAUGCACUUAUCCCGUCUCAUUUAGAGUUAACUCUGUGCAAAGCUCGCAAGAGCAUGACUCAUCUGUAGAGUACCGAGUGUGCACAGGGUAGGAAAAGCCUUCCAAACAAAGAUCAAAAGCAAUCAAAAAAGAAAUUACAUGUCGCUGUUAGGGAGGGAUGUUAUUGCUCGGAGUGGCCUGGUGGAACACAACUUGAAUCGAACCCGACUUCCACCAAAUUCCAGCAUGUGGAUUUAGGAAAAAUGGCUUGAAGCCCUUGCUCCUCCAUUAGCGAGGGGGGCAGCUGCCCUUAAAUGCUUGGUCACAUAGAGAUACAAUAAUGGGAGGGAGGAAGCAAAAGCGGCAAAAAGAAAGAGAGCUCCCUUUCGGUGUGGAAAAUCUAAACCAAACUAGUGUUAAAUUGCAAACCCUUUGGCCAAACAAGACCUUAAUAUAGUGUUCAAUAAAUAGCAUAAGGGCAGACGUUUUCUAAAUAUUAUACAUUCAGGGAUGAACGGGAAUGACAGCGGUAACAGAGGGGUUGCAGUUCAGUCUUUUGGAUGGUUUUAUUGCCCAAUAUCCUGCUAGUGGGAAACUGAGGGAAAGCAUUUACUGGCUUGUAAAAUACAGAGGUUUCAAAAAAAAAAAA